CAAACACCUGCUUUGCUGCUAGCACCUCUGCGAUCAAAAAAUCCUGCCGUGCUGCGGGGCUGAGUGCGCACCAUGUCCGACUACACCUACGAGGACCGCCCGCGGCGCCACCGCGGCGUCCGGGAGCGCGAGCCUGAGUAUGUAGAGACGACCUACGUCGAGCGCGGCGGCCGAGGCGCCCCAGUGCGCGACCUCGUCUACCGCCCAGCCCGCGAGGACAGCAUCGAGGACAUUCCGCGCGACUUCCCGCCGCCGGGCGCCGAAUUCAGGCAGACCAAGUACCGUGAGAGCUACGAGCCGCCGCGCCGCGCCCGCUCGGCGCGCGGCGACCACUAUGACGACGACUACUACUACCGCGGACGCCGUGGCCCCCGUGAGCCGGACUACUACUCUGACGAGUACGAGCGGCCCAAGCGCCACCGUCGCAAGUCCAUCGUCGACAAUGUCAAGGAGAUUGGCGAGGGCCUUGGUCUUGGGGGCGUCGUUGCCGCAGUCACUGGAAAGAGCCGCUCCCGCUCCCGACACCGGAAAGAUCGCGGCUAUGACAGCGAUCGAUACGCAGACCGUGGAUACUACGACGACCGUCGCAGCCGCCGCUAUAGCGACAGCUCCAGCGACCGGAGCCGAAGCCGACAUGGGGGGAAGAGCGACAAGAAGUGGGAGCAGGCCGCCAAAGCCGCUCUGGUUGCCGGGGCCGUCGAAGCCUUCCGCAGCCGCAAAACUCCCGGUCCCUGGACUGGCGAGAAGGGCCAGCGAAUUGCCACUGCUGCCCUUGGUGCCGCCGGUAUCGACAGCCUUGUAGACAAGAACCCAGAGAAGCACGGCAAGCGACACGUUGCCGAAGCCGCCCUCGGUGGCCUUCUCGCAAACCGUGUUGCCAAUGGUCCUCGCUCCCGAUCUCGCGAUGGUAGCCCUUCCGGAUCCCGCUCGCGCUCUCGAUCCAGGUCUCUCUUCAGUCGCUCCCGAUCCCGUGGACGCUCUGCUUCUCGUGGCCGUGAUGGAGGUGGUGGUGGCGACGCUCUUGGCAAACUCGCUGGUGGUGGAGCAAUUCUCGCAGCAGGCAAAGCCCUAUACGACCGCGUGCGUUCAAAGUCGCGCUCCAGGCGUGAUCGCUCCCGCAGCGCAGACAGCGCCGACAGCUACGACCCGCCUUCCCGACGCCAUCGCGCACACAGCCGAGGCCGCA